GAGCUGGAAACGCUGGUGGCCCACUGGAACCUCUACCUGAACCUGGCCGGCUUCUUGGUGGGCCUCUUUGCAGUCACUCUCUUUGGCCCCUGGAGUGACCAUGUGGGCCGCCGCCCAGUCCUCAUCCUGCCGGCGCUGGGCAUGGCCCUCCAGGCAGGCAUCUACCUGGCGGUGAUGUAUGCCCAGUUGCCCGUGGGCUACCUGUUGGCCGGCCGGAUUCUGAGCGGCCUCUUGGGUGACUACAACCUCAUCCUGGCCGCCUGCUUUGCCUACGCGGCCGACGUCAGCGAGGGUCCCUCUCGCACCUUCCGCGUGGCCCUCCUGGAGGCCUGCCUGGGCCUGGCAGGGAUGGGGGCCAGCAUCCUUGGGGGGCCGUGGCGCCGCGCCCAGGGCUACAUGGCCCCUUUUUGGCUGGUCUUUGCCGCCAGCCUCGCCGCUGCUUUCUAUGCCGCUUUUGUGUUGCGGGAGUCGGUGGGCCAGAAACGGCAGGCAAAACUCUUCACCCUCCGCCACUACGUUUCCGUGGCCCAUCUGUACAUGGCACCCAGCCGGGGCUGGGCACGGAAGAAGCUGGCCCUCUACUCCCUGGCCUUCUUCCUCGUGGUCCUGGUGCACUUUGGGACGCGGGACAUCCUGGUGCUGUACGAACUGAGCAGCCCGCUCUGCUGGGACCCGGUCUUGAUUGGCUACGGAUCAGCCGCCCUUUACCUGAGCUACUUGAGCAGCUUGGCCGGGCUGCGGCUGCUCCAGCGGUGGACCCAGGACUCCUGGGUGGCCGAAGCUGGGCUCCUGUCCAAUGUUGCCGGGCUGGUGACCAUUGCCCUGGCUGCAACGACACCCAUAAUGUUCACAGGUUACGGCCUCCUCUUCCUUUCCAUGAUGGUCACUCCCGUCCUCCGCUCAAAGCUGUCGAAAUUAGCAGACGAGACGGAGCAAGGUGCCCUCUUUGCGGCCGUGGCUUGCGUGGAAGGGCUGUGCUCUCUAGUGGCCACGGGGGUCUUCAGCUCCCUUUACCCGGCCUGCCUGCACUUCAUGAAAGGCUUUCCAUUCCUGUUUGGUGCGCUCCUCCUCCUCCUCCCAGCCGCCAUCAUUGGGUAA